AUGUUCACUUCCAUUGAUGCUCUUCUGCAAUCGUCCAGUCCUAUUACUACUAAUACCACAGCCACUGCUCAGGAGCCUCGAGAUUUGCAUACUUCACAGGGCCAGGCCUUAACUGUCGUCCAGAACAUUGCCACCCCGAGCUAUUCAAAAAUUCCAGAAAUAAAUCGGAAAAGCGAAUUUGAGACUCCAAACGAACUAAGCAGCGGUGCGCCAGCAUUUUCGAACGGAAUACCGUAUACUCCGAGAACAUCGAGCUCGUCUUCGUCGUCAUCAUCGUCAGCAGCAGUCACAGCAGCGGCCGCAGCGGCACCUAUCCUUAUAGAGCGAUUACCGUAUCCAGUUUUCCAGACCAGCAAUAUUCCACUGCUUUACGAUCAUAUUGCCUUGACAAGUUAG